AACUGACAGACGCGGAUUUAGAAAAGCACGAGAAAAUUAAAUGCGGAAGAUUAAAAAGACAAAGAAAAUAGUCUCUGAAUUGUCCAUUCUCUUUCAUUGAUCCUCAUCCUGUCCGCCCAUGGCCUACUAACUUGAAUGCUUCCAUCUUUUCGAUUUCCACUGUUCAUUUCCGGUGCCAACGCCCACAUCCAACUCCUUUGAUAGACUUUUUUGUUUGAAACCGAUUAAUUGUAUUUUUUUAAAUCUGCACAGAAGCGAGAUUAAAUCACUGGUACUCAAUUAUUUGGAGAAAAUGGGGCUGAUUUCGGGUAUUUUGAUGGGGUUGAUCUUCGGAAUUUCGUUGAUGGCUGGUUGGCGUCAUAUGAUGAGGUACCGAAGCACUAAGCGAAUCGCUAAGGCAGCUGAUAUAAAAGUUCUUGGGGCUCUCAACAGAGAUGAUCUGAGAAAAAUUUGUGGUGAUAAUUACCCUGAAUGGAUAUCUUUCCCUGUCUAUGAACAGGUGAAAUGGCUGAACAAGCAAUUGAGUAAAUUAUGGCCUUCUGUAGCAGAGGCAGCAUCUGCGGUCAUCAAAGAAUCUGUUGAACCCCUCUUGGAAGAAUACCGACCUCCAGGAAUUACAUCACUAAAGUUUAGCAAAUUGUCACUUGGCACUGUCGCUCCCAAGAUUGAAGGUAUUCGUGUCCAGAGCCUUAAGAAAGGUCAGAUUACAAUGGAUAUUGAUUUUCGGUGGGGCGGUGAUCCUAGUAUAAUUUUAGGUGUUGAAGCUGCACUUGUUGCUUCCAUUCCAAUUCAGUUGAAGGAUCUUCAAGUUUUCACUGUCAUUCGUGUUAUCUUCCAGCUUGCUGAAGAGAUACCCUGUAUUUCUUCUGUAGUUGUUGCUCUCCUUUCGGAGCCAAAACCUAGAAUUGAUUACACUCUGAAGGCUGUUGGUGGAAGCUUAACAGCAAUUCCAGGAAUUUCAGAUAUGAUUGAUGAUACUGUGAAUACAAUUGUCACUGACAUGCUUCAGUGGCCACACAGAAUUGUUGUUCCGAUUGGUGGUAUACCAGUUGAUACCAGUGAAUUAGAGCUUAAACCAGAGGGAAAGCUGACAGUCACAGUUGUCAAAGCUAAUGAUUUGAAGAACAUGGAAAUGAUUGGAAAGUCUGAUCCUUAUGUGGUUGUUCACAUUCGUCCUCUGUUCAAGGUUAAAACAAAAGUCAUCGACAACAACCUGAAUCCUGUUUGGAAUCAAACAUUUGAGUUGAUUGCAGAAGACAGAGAGACACAAGCACUAACUGUAGAGGUUUUUGACCAGGACAUUGGGCAAGACAAGAGAUUAGGAAUCGCAAAACUCCGUUUGAUUGAACUGGAACCAGAGAUACCAAAGGAGGUCACUCUGAGCCUUCUAGCCUCACUUGAUACACUUAAAGUAAAAGAUAAGAAGGACAGAGGAAACUGCACCAUUAAGCUUUUGUACCAUAAGUUUAGCAAGGAGGAACAACUGGUUGCUUUAGAAGAAGAGAAGAGAAUCCUCGAAGAAAGAAAGAGAUUGAAAGAAGCUGGAGUCAUAGGAAGUACAAUGGACGCUCUUGACGGAGCAGCAUCAUUGGUUGGAUCUGGAGUUGGACUAGUGGGAAGUGGUGUCGGUGCCGGAGUUGGGAUUGUCGGGAGUGGCCUUGGAGCUGUUGGCAGUGGACUGAGCAAAGCUGGAAAGUUCAUGGGCAGGACCUUCACUGGCCAUUCCAGCAAGAGAAGUGGAUCCUCAACUCCAGUGAAUAGCAUCCAAGAAAAUGGUGGUGCAAAGCCACUCCAGUGAAUAGCCACUUUGUUGAGUUAAGCAUGUGAAUUUGGACUUUCAGUUUGUAGUAUGCAACAUGCAGUAAUUAUGCAGAGCACAAAACCGGUAAUACUUGUUCAUUAUUACACUUUGCUUCUUUUUGUUCCUUCUGUUAGUGUGGAAUUCAAUUUCAGAAAUAUUGUUUAUUCUCCGGCAUAGUGUUUUAGUUGCGGUAGCCACUGU